GUUGGAGAUUUCUGAGAAUGACAUCGAAUUUGAUUCUGUGGACGAGAACUUGUGCCUCAUAUGGCAAGCCCACUGUGCAAAAACCUGUAGACCAUGCAUCUUCAUUCAUCGCAAGGCAGACGGAUGCCGCAAGGGGAACUUGUGUUCCCAUUGUCAUUUCUGCACUCCUGAAGAGGCUAAGCGAAGACAAAAGCGGCUUUGUUCAGAACGUCGACAGGCAGCCAACACUAAUGUCUGA